AAAUGCUUAUAAAUGAAGCAGAGAUUCAGCACUGCUCUGAAUCACAGAUGAAUACUCCCGAAUUAGAAACUAAUACUUCUUCUCAGGGUAGUAGUUUUAAGUGUCUUCUUUCGCAAAAAGAUAUAGAUGAAUUGUUUG